AUGGCAUCUGUAAAUCCUGUGAACCGUCGCCGCCGUAGACGGAAGGAGAAGAAGAACAACAAGGCAUCUCAGACCGGCGUAGAAGAGAAGGAAGACGUUUCUGGUGCUUCCGAUUCUAAGGAGGASGCGGAUCCGCAUCAACAGGUAURUGAGGAGAUUGUGAUUGAGUAUGUUCCAGAGCAAGUCAAAUUUGAAGAUGGAUUUAACGAUGAAUUUAAMCAAAUCUUUGAGAAGUUCAACUUUCGGGAACSUGUUGCCUCUAAUGACGAUGGUAAGAAGGAUGAGCCUGAGGAGAAAGAAGAUGUAAAGAAGAAGGUUGAUUCAGAUGCAGAUGAAGAAAAGAAGGAUAACCAGAACAAAGAGAAUGUCAUCUCUAACAAGAAGAAAAAGAGUGGUGAAUCGGAGAAUGUCGCAAUCUACCGUCGAUUUACCGCCAAAAGGAAUGAUAUGCUUGUACAGAAGGGUCUUAAAGCCCCUAGAUUUCUCAAGACUGGAACAACUAUCGUUGGGUUGAUUUUCCAGGAUGGUGUGAUACUUGGGGCUGAUACUCGGACAACUGAAGGGCCUAUUGUAGCUGAUAACGCAGAUCAAAUUCGCGUCUUUUGA